AUGCCACUGGCCGUGCAGCCGCACUUGCACGCGGCUCCCGUCCACUGUGGCCUCAGGUCAUUGCAAUACAAACCUCAAGUGCAUUUCCGUCGAACGGCCCAAACCCCCAGCGAUACCGCAGCCUUCGACCAACUUUUCAAGCUCGCGACCGUGGCAUCGGAGCACGAUGUGGAACAGAAGCCCGAGCAUCGAGAGCAGGCCACUUGCGAUUUCACAGAGGCGCGACAGAUGACCACGAUCAUGGCCGAGCCACUGGCGGCCGUGCCGACCAUCUCCACCGCCCCGUUUCCGUUGAACGUGUUGGCUGCGCUGAAAAAGCCAAAGCGCAUGCCCCCUCCAUGGAAUGUAUUUCCGCUCCCGACCGAGCUGACAACGCUGAAUCGCCGCAAGGCCGCGCGAACACGUGACUUGUCGGUCUGGGAAGCGCUCGGCCGUCUUGGCCGAAUCUUUUACUCGUAUGCAGACGACGCCGCCAGCGAUCACCUCUUGGUGCUGGCACUGCGGCAAAUCCACCAAGAUCUGACACGCACGUUGCCCCCACGCGACAGAUACGCCGUCAUUCGGUUUGCCUUUACGCCCCACGAUUUGUGGGAAGGCGAACCGCUGUACCAAUUCCUCCAAGGACUUCUCAUUACAUCCACGGAUCGAGCCAACGACGCCAUGGAACGUGUUCUGGUCGCCAUCCUCGACGAGUUCUAUGCGUCGUAUACACUCCAUGGGUGAACCAGGGCCAUCCCCCUCGUGUAUUUAUUCGCCCUCGCCCGAUGGAUGCCACCUUAUUAAUUCCCAUGUUUGCGUUUUAAAGCGCUUUUCGUGAAAGUACGAUGGAUUCCCCAUGCGUUUUGUCGUAUGCACUCGAGAGGUCGUGGAUCGAAAGCCAACGCCGUCGCGGCGAUCCGCUUGAUCUCUGGCGAAGACGCACCGUUGUGUGCUUUGACACCAUGUUUGCCGUGAAAAAAGCGUCAGAAGAACGAUUUGCCUCCACGCGAUGAAAUGGCGCACAUCGAACCGUGUGUAUCCUUUCUUGCAGGCAGUUCCUCGGCCAUGAGUGUCGAAUCUCUCGUCGGGAAAAGCGGCGUGGCCAUGAGGCAGUGGGGAUUGGAAUCGCUCGUUCUCUUCGAAGGACGUUGUAGAGCUUUUUCGGGC